CUGUUCCGCCAACUCUUCAUACUCGACCAUUGGUGAGUCACACCAUGAAUUCAGAAACUCCAAUCCAUUCUCAAUCAUAACUCUAUGUUCCUAAUUUCAUAGAUAUAUCUAACAGAUUCAUAUAUGGAAAGUUAAUUUCUUGUCUGAUUUUUUAUCUUGGUUCAUGAGGGUAAAAACAGUGGUGGAGGUGGCUACUCGAGAGGAGGAGGUGGUGGUGGAUGCCGUUGUGGUGGAUGUGGAUACAGAGGUGGAAGACGUGAGGAUGAAGAGCUGGUGGUGAUUAUGGAUGCCGUGAUGGUGGAUGCUAUGGUGGUGGAUGUUGAUACGGAGGUGGAAGACGUGAGGAGGAGGAUGUGGUGGUGGAUGUCGUGGCUGUGGAUGCUGUUGUGGUGGAUGUGGAUACAAAGGUGGAAGAUGCGAGGAGGAGGAAGUGGUGGUGGAUGCCGUGUUGGUGGAUGUUGUGGUGGUGGAUGUGAAUAUGAGGUGGAAGACAUGAGGUGGAAAAGGUGGUGGUAGAUACGGUGUCCACAGAAAAUUUUGUAACAUUUUCACGUCCACAUAAACUGUGUCCACAGAAGUGUGUUCGACCACUGAAUUGUGUCCACAGAAAAGCUUAAUCGUUGUUUCAUGAUAAUGAUGAAUGAUGAAUGAUUUUAUAGAGAAAUUUUACUAAAUGACGAAUUAGAUCCAUAAUUCAUUGAUUCACAAAAAAAUUUCUUCUUUAUUCAAUUUAUAAAUAUCUAAAUCGAGUAUACAAGAAGUUAAUAAACAAUUCUCAUUUUUUUCUUAGACAGACAAAGAAGGCAAUUAUUUUCUAUAACAUUCGAUAAAAUCAUGUUAUCAACGCUUCUCUUGUCUACCAAUUUGUUUGUCCACAUAUAUGGUGUCCACAAAUUGUCUACGAGAAACCUUGUCCAUGAGAAUUCGUCCACAAAAACUCGCCCACAAAUCAACACAUCUCCGGAUCGUUGGAUUUGCUUUCUUCAAAAUGAUCUGACGUUCACGAUAUAUUCUCAUAAACUCAUAUAUCUAAUUUUUUGUUUUAUUGCUUUAUCCUUUAUUGCAAUUACAAGGUAACUGGUUCUUUUUCGGUUUGCUUCCUUAAAAUAAGUAUAUUUCUCUUUAGUAAUAACCAAGGUUAUUUCCGUCUCAAUAAAGACAGCUGGCAGGAAAAAGUGUGUCAAAGUUGCUUUGUGUCUUAUAGAGUAAACAAAACUCACAAUGUGUCUUUUUAUGUAAGUCUCUCAUUUUUUAACCCCUAUUUUGACUCUAUUAUGAUUUAAAUUUUAUAUCUGCCUAAAUAGCAUGCCAGAGAAUAGGUAUCUAGUGAUUGUACUUAAUGUUGAAGAUCCCAAUUUAAUAUUAUAAAAAUACAUCAAAACCUCCGUAUCUAAGUACAGUUCAUGGUCAAUUACAAGUACAAAACAAGAACUUAUUAUUAUAGUAAAACAGCUGUUUUUAGAUAAUAAAAGAAUAAUUACAGCGAAAUAAAAGUUGUAAUAAAAAGAGAGAAAAAAUAUUGAAGAUAGAAAACGGCGUCGCUAGAGGGAGAAUAUACCGAAACAUAAAAUGGAAUAUCUCUUAUAGAGUCGCUUAUAAAUGGUCGUUUCAAAACGCUUGCACUUUGUCCUUGUUCAUCAACAGCUUCAACGCUCAUUUCACUUCCUCUCCUUCCAUCUCUCUUCAUUUUCCCCAGAAAUAGAGGAAACUAGAGGACCUUUCUCUCUGCACUCUUCUGACAUAUACCUUAAACACUUGAUCAUAUCAUAUCCCACACACAUAACAAGAAGACUGUUGUAUAUUCAUAGGUGAACAAGAAUGGCUGGGGAUCAGUUAAAAGUGUUGAAUGCACUCGAUGUAGCGAAGACGCAAUGGUACCAUUUUACAGCCAUCAUAAUCGCCGGAAUGGGAUUCUUCACCGACGCUUACGAUCUCUUCUGCAUCUCUCUUGUCACCAAGCUCCUUGGCCGCAUUUACUACCACGUCCCAGGCUCCGCAAAGCCAGGGACUCUCCCUCCCAAUGUUGCUGCUGCCGUGAACGGCGUCGCCUUCUGUGGAACCCUAGCCGGUCAACUCUUUUUCGGGUGGCUUGGAGAUAAGCUCGGGAGGAAGAAAGUUUAUGGAAUGACGUUGAUGGUCAUGGUCCUUUGCUCUGUCGCCUCUGGUCUCUCUUUCGGACACGAGCCAAAAGCCGUGAUGGCCACGCUAUGUUUCUUUAGGUUUUGGCUAGGGUUUGGGAUUGGUGGUGACUAUCCUUUGUCCGCAACAAUCAUGUCUGAAUACGCUAACAAGAAAACUCGUGGCGCGUUUGUUUCUGCGGUUUUCGCUAUGCAAGGGUUUGGGAUCAUGGCUGGUGGCAUCUUUGCUAUAAUCAUUUCCUCUGCUUUUGAAGCUAAGUUCCCUGCCCCGGCCUAUGCGGAAGAUGCCUUGAGAUCCACGGUACCUCAAGCAGAUCUUGUAUGGCGUAUAAUCUUGAUGGUUGGUGCUAUCCCUGCGGCCAUGACGUAUUACUCAAGGUCCAAGAUGCCUGAAACCGCAAGAUACACAGCUUUGGUUGCUAAGGACGCAAAGCUGGCUGCUUCAGACAUGUCUAGGGUUCUUCAAGUGGAGAUAGAGGCAGAACAGGAGAAAGUGGAAGAGAUCUCAAGUAAUAAGUCCAAAGCCUUUUCCUUGUUUUCCAAGGAAUUUAUGAAACGCCAUGGACUUCAUUUGCUAGGAACUACAUCAACAUGGUUCCUUCUCGACAUCGCUUUCUACAGUCAAAACCUAUUCCAAAAAGAUAUUUUCAGCGCAAUCGGGUGGAUACCUCCGGCUCAAACUAUGAACGCAAUUCAAGAAGUUUUCAAGAUCGCACGCGCGCAAACUCUCAUUGCCUUGUGUAGCACGGUACCUGGUUACUGGUUCACAGUUGCUUUUAUAGACGUCAUUGGAAGGUUUGCGAUUCAGAUGAUGGGAUUCUUCUUCAUGACGGUCUUUAUGUUUGCUUUGGCUAUUCCGUAUAACCACUGGACUCACAAGGAGAACCGAAUUGGAUUCGUUAUCAUGUACUCCUUGACGUUCUUUUUUGCUAACUUUGGACCCAAUGCUACAACCUUCGUUGUACCGGCGGAGAUCUUCCCAGCCAGGUUCAGAUCUACCUGCCAUGGUAUCUCUGCUGCAUCAGGUAAACUAGGUGCGAUGGUUGGUGCGUUUGGGUUCUUGUACUUGGCUCAAAGCCCUGACAAGAACAAGACAGACGCAGGAUACCCUCCAGGUAUUGGAGUCAGGAACUCGCUUCUCGUGUUAGGUGUGGUUAACUUCUUGGGUAUUCUCUUCACUUUCUUGGUACCUGAAUCUAAAGGGAAGUCGCUUGAGGAAAUGUCCGGUGAAAAUGAAGACAAUGAGAACACAAAAAGUGAUAGUAGAACGGUCCCAAUAGUAUAGUUUGAUAUAAGAAGCCCUUUGUUUCUAUUUUUCUCUUGUCUUCUUGUUUCUAGCAACUUAAUUUGUUCUUCAUUUGAUAUUUUGAUGUUCUAAUGCUAUUGAAAUGAAAAUGUCUGUGUACCGAUUUUAAAAGAAAUAUUCUUCU